AUGGACCAGAAAAAACCUCCUAAGCUUUCUGCCCUUCCAUUCGAGGUCCUCGAGAUGAUCACCUCCAACCUGGAAAAUGGCGACCUCAAGAACCUCCGCCUUACAUCCACCCUCGGUUUUGCAAUUCGCCUACAUAUAAAGCGAGUUUACCUGUCGGCCAAUCCACUCAACAUCAAAGUACUCAAGGCAAUCGCCGACAACGACUUGUAUCGCAAUGAUGUGAGAGAGUUGAUCUGGGACGAAUCUUACUUACGCAACGCCAACGAGCUUGUCUCGCCCAACCCCAAGAAGAGGCAGUCCAAACUUUCCAAAGGAUUUGACCCAAUACGUCGAUGCCCAAAGUGGUAUGUGAGAGACUCGCAUAGUCACUUGAAGUCCUCUUACGACAGGGGAGAAAAUCCAUUCCUGCCAAAAUUGGGGAAGCAGGAGAUGUCAUGGGAGGAGUCUUACAGAUAUUAUUACGAUCUGGCAAAACAACAGCGGGCGGUCAUAUCAUCCAAUGCCGACGUCAAAGCCUUCUCGUAUGUAUUAGACCAUUUCCCCUUUUUGUCCAAGAUCACGAUAUCGUCAAAUGCCCAUGGGCGACUGUUUGUGCCCCUUUAUCACACACCUAUGAUUCGUGCGUUUCCAACUGGAUUUGUCUAUCCUGGGCCAGUCCAUGUUUAUCAGGAUCAAAGGUCGCAAUUCUUGUGGCAAGGCGAUAACAAUGGGCCCAGGAAGAAGUACACCAUCCAGAGGCGUGGUCUGUGUGCUGCCCUUCGUAUGCUUGCAAAACAUGGGGAUCACAAGGUUUCUGAGCUCAUUAUCGAGGAGUAUGAGGAAGUUGACCGUGAUUGGAUGCUUGUUGAUGUGAAAACGCCAGGCCACACUCGCGAUGACCUCGCCACCCUCAUCAAGAGACCUGAUUUCCAUACCUUGACCCUCAAAGUGAAUAGGAAGACUUACAGGUGGGGAGUCGCUGAAGUCCUUGACGAGAUGAGAGAGCUUUUCCGUGCCAUCUUUGGACUUCCGAGUACUUGGAGCUUCCAUUCUUUGGCAGGCUGUCGAAGCCAGAAUAUUCGAUUGACCUGUUCACGAACUCCUGGCCCCGACGAGCAUACAUACUAUGGCGCGGACGAAUACUUACACACGGAUGUUAUCGAACAGGAGCUGCUAUCAUUCACCGAGCGCGAUGAACUAUGGCGGGCUCUCCUCGUCCGUCGGGAAGUAGCUGUUCUAUCAUGGAGAUGGGAUACGAAUGACAACCAACCUUCCAAAAAUGCCCUCGCCGUCAUACGCUACGCGAAGAAAAACGAUAACCCUUACCCAGUCACCUAUGAUGCACGGUUCAGUUUUACCUGCUCGAUUCUCGGCGUCCUCUCGGGUACCUUCCAAAUGCAUUCAAUCUCUGACUUGAAAUACCUUUUGCCCGCUUUUUCCAAUGCAUUGGAGAUUUUCUACAAUCUUAUGAGCCGCAACGAUUACCUCCUGACGGCGGCAAUCCUCUGUCCGCAAUCAGAUUACGCGAACGAUUACAAAAACAACAUCCCUGAGCUUCUCUACAAUGACUACCAUUUCAGAAGGAACCACGAAGUACCUAGUACUUCCUGGACUUAUCAUGAUAUCUUUCUCAGCGCUUUCAAGGUUGCGAAGUGGAGAUACAAGUACAACGACUACAUGGGUACUGAAAUAUUUCCAGAUUGA